GCACUCUCGCACCAAAGAUUGACCCAAAAAAAUAACAAACCAAUAAAACGAACCGAAUAGACAGAUCAGAUCUCACCGAACGAAGAACACGAGGCUAAAGGGAGAGAGAGAGAGGGAGAGAGAGAGAGAGAGACGAAUCAAACUGUAUUCAGCUCAGUGCUUUUGUUACCACACACCAAACACGACGUCGCAUUACAAUGCUGCCACCUCGCUUUCCCUUCUUCAGCGGAAGCGGCGGAGGAACUUCUUCCAAUUCCAUCACCAACACCACCAACAACCGAAAUCCGCGGAACACCACCACCGCUGAGUCCGAGUUCCGUCAACGAGUUCCCACUCUCAAAAUCCAACCGGACAAGGACGUGUACCGCCCCGGCGAUCCUCUGAUCGUCACAAUCCAGAUCUCCAACCCCGACACCGCCUCGUCACUCUUGCUCGACCGAAUCGGUUUCGAAAUCAGAGCCGUCGAGAAGCUCGAUUCUCAAUGGUUUUCCACUCACAAACCCUUACCUGGAUCCAAACAACGACGAGGCGAAUUUGUGUUUGUGGAAUGCGCCGUGCCUUCGAUGGUUUCGAAUCAGAUUGUUUCCGCCGGUGCCACUAAAUCAUAUGUGGUGCGAACUGUGCUUCCAGACAUUAUACCACCAUCUUACAAGGGGGCUACCAUUCGCUACUUUUAUUAUGUUAAAAGUACUUUGUCUGGACAAUGGCUGAUACUGGAAAAUGGCCACUCUCAUAGAGAGUCAGUACAAGGUUUUAGUGAACUGGAAGAUCGUAUACCAUUACAAGUAUGGGUCACUCAAAAAACCAGUGGCUUGCUAAUGGAAGAAGGUCAAAGUGGUGGGAUUGUUCCUUCUACAACCAUCCAAAUGGAUAUAUUUUGGAAAGAGAUGGAUGGAGACUCUGAUUGGGUUAGAGCUAAUGACAUAUAUGAUGGAGUUGAGGAAGGCUAUGAAAGCUCAAGGGAUGAGAUCUCAUCUGUUUCUUCCUACAAUCCCAUGAAAGAAAAUGUACACAAAACUUUUGGAAGUUCACUGUCCUUGCAAUCAUCUACAGCAAGGUCUUUGACUAAAGACAUUCCAAAUGUACACAAAACCUUUGGAAGUUCACCAUCCUUGCAAUUAUCUACAGCAAGGUCUUUAACUAAAGACAUUCCAUAUCUUGAAGGAGAACGUACAAGCUUAUCUUCAAAUGCUGCACUUCCUCCGUUGUCUGCUGAGGUCUUAUAUGAUUCUAGUUCUGAUGUUUUAUCUCCACAGAAGGAAGCUGCCAUUGUAUCUCCAGGCCAGCAGCAGAAGCUUACAGAUGAUGAUACAGGUGUAACCCCUUCACUGGCAUCAGGAGCUGUUGAGCCUGUAGCAUCAGAAGGCUUUAUUCGAGGAAGGUCAUACAAUAUCAGGCUGGAUGAUCAAGUUCUGCUUAGAUUUUCUCCAAAAAACUCUGACUCAACUUAUUACUUCGGUGAUAUGAUUGGUGGAACUCUUACUUUCUUUCAUGAAGAAGGAGCUAGGAGAUGCCUUGAGGUUUCAAUAACAUUGGAGACUUUAGAGACUGUAAAUCGGCGAUUUAUCCAUCCUUCUCGGAGGAAUUCCCCUACAAUUACAAAGGUUCAAAGUGAUCAUUAUGAGGUUGUUGCGGAUUUGGUGCAAACAAGCUUUCUUUUCUCCAUUCCCAUGGAUGGGCCCAUGUCCUUUUCCACACCACAUGUAUCCGUACAAUGGUCACUUCGAUUUGAAUUUUUUACCACUCCAAAGAAUGUAGAUUGGACCAGAUAUGAGCAUCCGCUUCUGAUAGAGGGAAGAGACAAAAGUGAGUGGGUUCUUCCAAUUACUGUGCAUGCUCCUCCACCUGGGACUUCUGGUGGUCACAACCGCAGUGAGAAACUCUUCUCUUUGGAGCCAUUGUGGGUGCAUAAUUGAAAGGAUAAGGUUUCUUAAUGACACAGGUAGACCUAACCAGCUGAAAUACAAGUGUUUAAUAAGCCAGAUUAGCACCCAUGAAGCUCAGAAGCUAUUUUCUUUUUUUGGAGAAAUGUUCAUUCAAAUGAAUGAUGGGCGAGUUCAAGCACAUAAGGAAGAUGUUGAGAGCGGUCACUUAGAUGCUACACUUGCUGUGUUGGCUCCCAAUGCAGUUUAUCAUCGCAUUACUAAGUGCUGCCUGCAUGUCGUGCCCUACUGAUGUACGUUCUUAUUUUUUCCACUAUUAUUUUUACAUUCAGAAUCACUUUCAGCUGAAAUGGUCAUGUCUAUACAUUAUAUAAGAGCGACACCAUGCCUUAGGUGUUUCACAUACAUACAUAAAGGUCUUUGGUUGAUUUUUCUA